UAUUAUUGAAGGAGAAGGAACUGGAAGCAAUGAAGUGAUCGUUUUUGUUUGUGGCCAGGCAGAUGACAUUGAUGUUGUAAUUCAGGCAUCAGAAGAGCAGAUUAAGACGGUUAAUCAGCCAGAGGUUCAGCUUCACGAAAACCAGAUAGUGUAUGAGCCCAUUAGUAGUCCAGAAAGUAAUGACGACAGGGAGACGUCUACAGCGUCGGAGAAGCAUGAUGGUGCGUCUUUACUGGAUAUACAGAACACACAGGCCCAGCAGAUAACAGAAGGUGCAUCUAAUAAUGAAGAAGAAAAAGAAAUAGGUGACCCGCUAGAGGAAACUGUGAAGGAACAAACUUGUGUAUCAGAUAGCCAAGCAGCAGUCGAGAUGGAAGUAGAAAACAACAGUGUGCCAGAAAGUCCUCUCCCCGCGCCGGCGGAGCAGAGUAGCAUGGAUGUGGAUGUGAAACAAGUCGCAGCAAUCAGCUCUAGCGAUGAUAUCAGCGCGCCAGAUGGCCGGUCAGAAGAAGCAACAGAAAAAAGUGACAGGAACGGCUUUCCAGAGUGCGUCACCGCCACAGAGUUUACUGAACAGGUGCUGAAGGACGCCGGACUUCAGGAGGUUGCAGACGUCACGGUGACAACAACUACAGCCGCCGCCGGAGCUGAGGUACCAGACAGUGCGUCUGAGGAGUAUGUGAUCUUGGAACCGGUCCCCGAGAGCGAUAUUCACUUUGAUAUUGUCACUCAAGCAGCGGCCGAAUCGGGUUUGUCUGCCUCGCUCUCAGAGGAGGUGAAUCCAGACGUCGGAUUAGUGGGUGAAGUAGAAAAUCUUUUGAAUGGCUCCCAACAAACCGUUUCCCCUGACGCAGAAGUACGUGAGGUCAAAGAUGCUGCAUUGACCAAUUCAGGUGAGGAUACGGAGACCGCGGUUAGGGCAGAAAUGUCAACUGGGGAAUAUUUUGAAGUUUGCAAGCAACCAUCGUCUGACAUGAUGGAUGUUGAUUCUAGAGAGACGGACAUGGCAAACUCUCACGGCCAACGCACAAAUGAAGACUGUAAUGCUGUGGUAAUGGAGAAUGUUGAGGCUAAUUUGGAUCUACAAGAAGUGCAGAUCCUGGAGGACAUAGAGAUCGGUCGAGAGAUUGUGGUAGCGGAGGAAGAGGAUGACGAAGACGGCGACGUUACAAUAAUAGAAAAACCCGAAGCGGUCCCUCCCAAAAAGGCUGAUGAAAAGGUUAAUGAGAAAAAUAAAGACGGCAUCAGUGGGACCAACUUGAAGCAAAACAGCACAUCUGGUGAGAAGGCUGACGAUGAUAAAAAGGGACGAGAGCCGGAAAAACCCAAGAAGCAAGAAAUGAAUACACAAGCCAGAACCAAAGCUCGCCUGGCAGCUCUGGCUGAGCAGAAAGCUGCAGCGUCUAAGAGAACAGCAAACAGACAACAGCUGAACCUCUUAGCUCUCUGUCAGGAAAUCGCAGAGGACAUUGCCACAGACAGCAUGCUUUUGAAGAGGAUAGAGGAAGAAAAACAAGCAGCAGCCGCAGCAGCAGCAGCAGCCAGUGAAGCCAGUAAGAAGGAAAGUCCACCUGUUAACUCGCAGGAUCCAGAUACUGUUAGUGUUGCAACUCCUGCUGGACCAGAAGGCUGCUCUGCCUCGGUGACCCCUGCUCCGGAGGCAUCUGCAGCUCAGCCCUCGACAGCUGAUUCAGCUGACGCCAAGCCUGACGCAGAGCCUCCGAAGAGACGUUUCUUCAUCACACAGAUUUCAGUACCACUGAAAGCCCAUGAGAAAAAGAAGCUAACUAGAUAUCAAAGACUAAGACAGGUUGAGCUGCAGAGAGAAAAAAUGUCCUGGGCACGAGUCAAGAAAUUAAAGUCUGACCAAGCAAAUCAGAUGUUUUCAGACAUGGAUUGGCAAGCACCCCUUUCUACCACCUCUCCGUUUUCAAUGAGUCCUGUGACCACAACUCCUCCACCUGCUGCCAGUCCAUCGAAAACAUCUCCCCCGAGUCCUGCCACAACCAGCAAACCAGCUACACUCACGGCAGAGGUUCCCAAAGUUGAGACUCCAAAGGCUGAACCCGUCAAAACGGAACCCACGAAGACAGAAACCUCCAAAUCUGUGCCGGCUAAAACCGAACCUACCAAACCCGAAGCCUCUAAAACCGAACCUCCUAAUACUGAAACCCGGAGAAGUACAAGGCAAAGUAAGGCUCAAACCCUUAAAACAGCCCCUACUCCAGGGCCGGCCCCAAAAGUGACCAGAUCAGCAUCAAAGAGGACCCUCCCAGCCGUACCUCCUCCCAUGCCCAACGGACUUAAUACUCAAAAAGCGAAGCCUGUUGAGUACAAGCCAUACAGACCCCGGCCCAAGUAUUCCCCUGAUGACUUUGAGCUCGAUGAUGACCCGUUGCCAGUUGCUCCGACAAGACCCAAUCCUCAGUCAAGGCCCACACAACCGACACGACCCAACCCUCAGUCGAACCCCACAGCUCAGUCUAAACCCGGAGUUCAGUCAAAACCCACAGUUUCAUCACAUCUUGCCAACCAGGCGAAACUCAGAGCUCAGACCACGCCUGCUGGACAGACCUCAGGUCAGUUAAAGCCCAAUGUUGCAGCUACAGCUCAGUUAAAGCCCGCCUCCUCCACCACCAAUCCACAGUCAAAACCUGCUGCUGCAACAACCCUCAAGUCAAAGGCCGCAGCUACACCUGCGGCUUCCCCGAAACCCAUUCCCACAGCUAAAGCUCCAUUAAAGUCUCCCGUCUUGACGACACCACAGUCGAAUGCGGUUUCAGCUCCAGGUCAGCACAAGCCUGCCGCUUCUGCUCCUACCCAGGUAAAGCCUACCGCCGGUGGAGGUGCAGCUCAGUCGAGGCAGUCUGCUCCAGCUACAUCUCAGCCUGCUGUGUCAACCACAUCUGAGACAAAACCUGGUGUUUCCAAGACGGAUGCUUCUUCAGUGUCUCAGAAAACCACAAAUCCACCAUCAUCCGGAGAUGGCAAAUGCAAGGAAACAGCUGAUCCACUUUCAUCCACCCCCACCUCUUCCCUUUCCUCUGGAGAGAGCUUGAAAGUGUCUGAUGGCAAACGGCACGGUGAACAAAAGCCUGCAGUCACUGGCGUUGAUCCCUCUCCAGAGAAUAAGACAGAAACAGCCCAGACAGCUGAGGGCACAUCGGAAAAGCCUUGUCAAGACAGAGCAGAGAAUCCACAAGACGGCGGGACUCCUCUCUCUGAUGCUUGUCUGCAAAGAGAAGUGAAGAAACUAAAGGAGGCCGACAAAGAUGGCACCCAAACUAUUAUUGAUGCAGGGCAGAAGCAUUUUGGAGCAGUGGCCUGCGGUGUGUGUGGGAUGCUCUACUCCGCUGCCAACCCAGAGGAUGAGUCUCAACAUUUACUCUUCCACAAUCAGUUCAUCAGCGCUGUCAAAUAUGUGGGAUGGAAAAAAGAGAGGAUUCUGGGAGAGUAUCCAGAUGGAAAGAUCAUUCUUGUCCUGCCAGAUGAUCCCAAAUAUGCUCUGAAGAAGGUUGAGGAAAUCAGGGAGAUGGUGGACAAUGACCUCGGCUUCCAGCAGGUGGAGACCAAGUGUCCCUCUCAGACAAAAACCUUCCUCUUCAUCUCCAACGACAAGAAAGUGGCUGGAUGCCUCAUAGCAGAGCACAUACAGGAGGGUUACCGUGUGAUUGAGGAGCCCAUACCGGAGGGUUCAGAGAGAGAGAAAGUGAUGUUUGAACGUCAGAGAGCUUGGUGUUGUUCCACCACGCCAGAGCCAGCAAUCUGUGGUAUCAGCCGCAUCUGGGUUGUCAACAUGAUGAGACGUCAGGGCAUCGCCUCACGCAUGCUAGAGUGCCUCAGGAACAACUUCAUAUAUGGUUCAUACCUGAGCAAAGAUGAGAUCGCUUUCUCCGACCCCACUCCCGACGGGAAGCUCUUUGCCACACAAUAUUUUGGCACCUCUCAGUUUUUGGUUUAUAACUUUGUGAGUGGAACACGCUCGUCCCAGCCCAAAACUGACGCAGUAUGACGGUCUUCAGGAAAGGUAACGAUGGAUUUAACCGACUAACAGGACCCGCCCUCACUAAACAGCGUCUGACGCAGAAUCUGUAUUUGCGUAACGAUUAAAAAAAAACAAAAAAAAACUGUUAAUUACUCCUUGGAGAGGAAACACAUUGGUUUAAAUCUCAGGAUGAAAACAACAAGGUGUUGUUGAAAAAUGUUAUUAAUUCACCCUUUAAUCCCUCCCUGCAUAGUAUUUUGAAAAAAAAAAGUAUUUUCUUUAUACAUUUUUAAGCAAACAAUUGGUUUUAUUAGAAGUAUAGAGUUUACAUGCAUGACCUGACAGCAAUAGAAAACAAAGAGCAUCUCAUUGUUCUGUUUUUUUUAAAUCCCUGAGAAGCAUAAGAUCAAUUGACUGCAUUAAAUAAAAGGUUAUUUUAGAGUUUGUCCUCCUUCUGUUGUAAUGUGGUUUAUUUUAUUUUUUUUUACAACUUUGUCAUGGAGUAAACUCUGAGUACGUUGGGGGUUUUUUCAUGUUCAUCUCUUGACAAUUAACAGUGAUGCUGCCGUUGUCUCAAGUUGUUUUUAGAAACGACAUCCAUAAUGUUUAAAGGUGACAGCUGCACAAUGUACACGGAGCAGUUAAGCUUGACUCUUUUUCCGUUUCAGUCCCCUUCAGUGUCACUGUCAUGUUUUCUUGUAACAUUUCAAACGAGUCAUCUGAACCAGGUGAGUUUGUCGGCGGGACUCUGAUCGAGGAGAUGAGGGUUAGAACUGUAGCGUGGGCAUUAAUUGUGUGCUCUAAUUUUCUUAGAUCACCUCGCCUGAACUGUUUAGUUUUCCAAGCUGAGCCAUAUACUGUACACCAUUUAGCAGGGCAAUGUAGCCUAUACUGUAUGAGUGAUGUCUUUUUAUUUCAUCAAGGCUGUUAAUUGCUUUGUUUGUGCCUGAAUGAAUAAUGUGUGACUUAUGAUGUUGAUUUGUUUUCUCUUCUUUUUAGCCAUAUGUUGCUCUAAGCAGCAUUUGGCCUUUUAUUGAGUUAGUGUAGAAUAUCAUGCUCCUAUUCCUUAGUAACAACAAAUGAAAAUGUAUAUCAAAUUAUCAUGUAGAUUUAUGCAUACUAUAAUAAAAUCUAUAAAGGAAGAUGAGCAAGAUCUUAAGGCUCAGGUGUUAAAUGGUAUUUGUGGGAUGGUAAAGGUCGUCCAGGUUCAGCCUCUCUGAUUGCAAACAGGAAUAUUUGCUCAGUGGUCAACAUGAGGGGUUAGGAUGAACUUCUGCCUCUCUCAACACAGAUCUUACAGUAUCAUUGUAAUCCAUCACUUAUUUUCUUCCUUCUUUGUUUAAGCAGUUGCUUUUAGACAGAUGUGUCAUGUAAGAAAAAUAAAUUUGAUUUAUACGAAGCUGUUAUGUAAAUAUUUAUUUAA